AUGCAUUCCAUGGUUUCAACAUUGAGGUUAACAUUGGUGAGGAGGAUGGAGAAAGAGGGAUGCCUUGUUUGGUGGCUAGUGUUGGCUCUUCAGUUCUUUAUCCUGCAGCUUGCAGCUUGUACUCAACAUGGAAGACUUCCUCUGAAUGAUAUAGAGAACGAGUUUCAGCCUAUUGGUGGGGAGCCCGCUCCAGGGGUCGAUUUGCAAAUACUAGAUCACCAAGUAGUGAUGUCAAAUGGCUUAGUCAGCGUCACUUUCUCACGUCCCCGGGGUGAGAUCACAGGGAUAGAAUUCAAUGGUAUUGACAACUUACUUGAAACUUCAAAUGGGAAAGCAGACAGAGGAAAAUAG